AUGCUCCGUCAAUUGUUCCCAAGAGGGGCAGCUUUCGCAAAGCCAAGCUCCAGAGUGUUGAGGCGAUGGGAGGCUUCUUCGAGAUUAUACAGCGUACAAGCAGAAGCUGCUUCUACGACGAAGCUACAAGAUAUCGACCCUACCAAAUUGACUAUAACGAAGAACACUACUCCUAGUGAACUACUUCCCCCCACUGAAUUGGUAUUUGGAAGAUCGUUUACAGAUCAUAUGCUUAGCAUUGAAUGGACAGCUUCAGAUGGAUGGUUACCCGCACGCAUAACACCUUACCAGAACCUUUCCCUCGAUCCCGCGUCUUGCGUUUUCCACUAUGCGUUUGAGUGUUUCGAAGGAAUGAAGGCAUACAAGGAUAAAAGCGGAAAGGUACGGCUCUUCAGACCUACCAAGAAUAUGGAACGAAUGAACAAAUCUUCCGCUCGUAUUGCUCUGCCGACUUUUGAUCAAUCCGCUAUGAUUGAAUUGAUCUCAAAAUUCGUUGCUAUGGAGAAAAGAUUCAUUCCAGAAGAAAGAGGAUAUUCAUUAUAUCUGAGACCGACUAUGAUUGGAACACAAAGAACAUUGGGUGUUGGACCACCAGGUUCCGCUUUACUAUAUGUUAUUGCUUCUCCAGUUGGGCCAUAUUACCCUACUGGAUUCAAGGCUGUAUCCUUGGAAGCUACAGAUUAUGCCGUAAGAGCAUGGCCUGGAGGAGUUGGAGACAAGAAAUUGGGUGCGAACUAUGCUCCGUGUAUCUUGCCACAAUUAGAGGCCGCCAAGAGAGGGUUCCACCAAAACUUAUGGUUAUUCGGCGAGGAGGAGUAUGUUACCGAGGUUGGAACCAUGAACAUGUUUGUGGCUAUUAAGAAUAAGGAAGGCCAAAAGGAAUUGGUUACCGCUCCAUUAGACGGUACAAUUUUGGAAGGUGUCACAAGAGACUCUGUUCUAUCUUUAGCUCGCGAGAAGCUGACUAAGGAUGGAUGGAUCAUUUCUGAACGUAAAUACACUAUGAGUGAGUUAGCAGAUGCAUCAAAAGAAGGUAGAUUAUUAGAGGCGUUCGGAGCAGGAACCGCAGCAGUCGUCAGUCCAGUGAGAAACAUCUCAUGGAAGGGCAAUUUGGUCGAGUGUGGAUUGAGACCAGAUCAAGAAGCUGGUGAGAUCGCAUUGAAGAUGAAGGAAUGGAUCGAGGCUAGACAAUAUGGUGAUGAAGAGCAUGAGUGGAGUUAUGUUGUACCUAAUUAA